ACUUUGUGAUAUCAGCUGAUGUACGAAGGGCUAUAUAAAUAAAUUUGAUUUGAUUUGAUCUUUCUGGGAACCACAGGUUAACAUUAGGAAAAGUCUAUAAUCUAUCAUUGUUUCAGUUACUGUGACAUCAUAAAGCCCUUGAUAAAACCUCACUCACCCAUGAUGGGACAUAACAUUGUUCAGUCAGUAGAAAGGACUGUAGAUUACCCCAGGAUAUCUAGUCAAUCCCAACGUCCCAUUGUUAUCUAAAGUUCCUCUUAUGUCACAUAAGGACAGUGUGUUACACAAAGCCAGUUUGACUGACAGGUGGUCUCUGGGAACAGCAGACCCUCUCCAACUCCUCUAGUUAGCAGUGGAUCAUGCAGCAAAGCUAUCAAGGAAAGUGCAAUCAGAGAUCCCUCAGGAAUUGAGCCCCCCUGAAUUAUUGACCCCUCAAUCCGGAUCUAGGGAUUUAGUUGGUUUUAUCUCUUAUAAUCUACAGCCUCUCUCUACUGAGUAGCUUUAUAAGGACAGAGUGGUCCAGAUUCUGAGUCUCUGAAUCUGUAGAGCCAUUACCAGGCUACUACACUACACAGCUAUAGGGCCUCGAUUAGACUGCUGGAUCUAUUAUUGAUCUGCUACUAGACUGCUUUAUCUACUAUAGAUCAGCUACUGGACUGCUUUAUCUAUUAUAGAUCUGCUAUUGGACUGCUUUAUCUAUUAUAGAUCUGCUAUUGGACUGCUUUAUCUAUUAUAGAUCAGCUACUGGACUGCUUUAUCUAUGAUAGAUCAGCUACGGGACUGUUUUAUCUAUUAUAGAUCUGCUAUUGGACUGCUUUAUAUAUUAUAGAUCAGCUACUGGACUGCUUUAUAUAUUAUAGAUCUGCUACUAGACUGCUUUAUCUAUUAUAGAUCUGCUAUUGGACUGCUUUAUCUAUUAUAGAUCAGCUAUUGGACUGCUUUAUCUAUUAUAGAUCAGAUACUGGACAGCUUUAUCUAUUAUAGAUCUGCUAUUGGACUGCUUUUGUGCUUUUAUAGAUUAGGAAUACCAUCGGACUAAAAGCCGACUCUACGCCCUUCCAGUGUGUUUCUUAGAUAUUAUAACACAGGUGUCUGGCCAGGUGGGUAGUGCUCACCACUCAACUCCACUGCCCCAAAAAGAACAGAAUGGACCACCGACAGCUUCUCCCCAAUCUCCAUGGAAACAGCUCCUCCUCCCCGGGCUCGGUCAGUGAAGCGCUGCUCUCCAGGACGGGCUUCACCAUCCUGGCGGUGAUCAUUGGUGUGUUCUCGGUGUCCGGAGUCUGUAUGAACGUCCUGGUCAUCGUGGUGACGAUGAGACACCGGAAGCUGCGCCAGCCUCUGAACUACGCCCUAGUCAACCUGGCAGUGGCUGACCUGGGCUGUGCUCUGUUCGGGGGACUGCCCACUAUGGUCACCAACGCUAUGGGCUACUUCAGCAUGGGGCGGCUAGGCUGCGUGCUGGAGGGUUUCGCUGUGGCUUUCUUUGGUAUUGCAGGUCUGUGUUCAGUGGCCGUGAUAGCUGUGGACCGUUAUGUGGUGGUGUGUCGACCAAUGGGGGCGGUCAUGUUCCAGACCAGGCACGCAGUCGGAGGGGUGGUCCUGUCCUGGGUGUGGUCGUUUUUAUGGAACACCCCGCCUCUGUUUGGCUGGGGCAGCUUUGAACUGGAGGGGGUUAGGACCUCCUGCUCCCCAAACUGGUACAGCAGGGAACCAGGAAACAUGUCUUACAUCAUCCUUUACUUCCUGCUCUGCUUUGCCAUUCCUUUCUCCAUCAUCAUGGUCUCCUACGCUCGCAUCCUCUUCACACUGCACCAGGUGUCCAAGCUGAAGGUAUUGGAGGGCAACAGCACCACCCGCGUGGAGAUACAGGUUGUGCGUAUGGUAGUAGUCAUGGUGAUGGCCUUCCUGCUCAGUUGGUUGCCCUACGCGGCCUUCGCCCUCUCUGUGAUCCUUGACCCCAGCCUCCACAUCAACCCUCUCAUUGCCACGGUGCCCAUGUACCUGGCCAAGAGCAGCACUGUCUACAACCCCAUCAUAUACGUGUUCAUGAACAGACAGUUCCGGGACUGUGCUGUUCCUUUCUUGCUGUGUGGUCUGAACCCCUGGGCCUCAGAACAAGGGGGCUCUGAAGCUGAUACCGCCCUGUCCUCCGUCAGCAAGAACCCACGAGUCUCACCCCAAUGACAGCAACUUUCUAUUUUUUUGUACAAUGUAAAGUUCCUGUUAUAAAAUAUAGUUUGAUGUGCAAUAUUUGGUUGUAACUGUUUCAAGAAUACUACUAAAAGUAUAGUCCAUGAUAUAUGGACAGAGACAUCUCCAAGUGUAUUGGAGAUCAUUAGUGUCACAAGGGCUUUAGGUGGAUCCGGGUUCCUAAUCUUAAUCUGAUUUACUACAAAUAUAUUUAAAUCACCUGCUGCCAUAUCCCGGUUUAAUCUAAUCUAAAUUAAAUGAAUCUAAAUUGACAACAUGAUCAAAGGGAGCAAUACAAAAGUAAUUGCUGCAAACCAUGAAUUCACAAAAGAAACGAUUGCUGUUUUUAACAUUGCUUUUAUUGCCUCACACACAUGUAAAUGACAGCAAAAGAGAUUAUAAUGUGUGGAAGUUAAGUGCAGAACCCUCCCAACCUACACCCUGAC